AUGUUUGUCCAGACGGAGCCUCGUCACGACGAGGCCAAUGCGGCUAUCCAUCCGGCCAGCGGAGUCUUUAUGGCCGUGCGCGCGGAUGCACUCGCGGAUGGCCUCACCUGGCUUAGCCCGCCAGUCGAGGCGGUUAUCGGGACGUUGCCGCCAGGCAGAACCCAGCUUCGGUGAGCCGCAUAUGAGAGUUGGGUGCCAGCAGAUGGACGCUAAGCGUAGUCUGCGCCUGCAAGCGUGUGAGCGACCUACUACUACCCACCGCUGGACACCCCUACACCCCGGUGCUCCGCACACACACACACACACACACACACACACACACACACACACACACACACACACACACACACACACACACGCACACACACACACACACAUGCGUAUGCACGGCAACCAUUAUGGACUCGCGCAGACUCAGUGCAGCCCGAUAGAUGCGCGCCGCGAGCCAGACCGACGCCGUUCUGAUUUGGCGUAUCUUACGAUGCGGCCUUUUGCUGAAAUCGAUGCUGCUGUGAGGGCAUAAACACCCCGAUUAAUCUCUCUGAAGCUGCAUUCUGUUCACUGCAGAAUGAUUCAUUUAUGCGUGUUCGUCUCCUAACCCUACUCAACCUGCUCUUCGCAAACCCCUUCGGAAGCGAGGUAUGCGUGGGGUUUUUUCGUAUAUUCGAUUUGGCUUAUUCGCCAAUCGAACCGUGACCUCCGUUUGCGCGACCGUUUUAAAUCACUAAAGAUGGCGCAACCCAGUGUGGAUACUUGGAUGAACCAACUUUUUGACUGUCCCACCCCGGUGACUUGCACAACCCACAUGCUGACUCUGGUAUCGUAAUCAGCCUGCUCCUGUCCUGCUCAGGAGUGCAAAAAUUGGCGUUUUUUCCUAGCCUUUCCGUGCGGGUGAGCAAUUAUAUAUCGAAGCCCCUCCUCAUCAAAAACAACAGUACCUGUCAGCAACCGAAGGGGACAUUUGCACUAAGUAGGAGAAACUAUCCUUCCCUCUUUCCUUGCUGCUUCAUUUAACUCGCAUUGUUAGCGCCUGCGCACACAAUAUCUUGUCAAUCAACGCAUGCUGUUGGUAGGCCUCCUGCCGCAUUAACCUAAUUUCCUUAUUCUGCCUCUGCGAACAAUGCUCAUCUGUCUUGGAUUCCUGUCGUCCCUCACAGCCAAGAGUCUCUUUGGUCUGACUGUCCCCGAGGAUUCGGAGGUUUGCACUUGCUCUCAAAGGGCAGAUUUCAAACCUCUGGCACUAACUAAAGGCCACCUUUUUGUGCAGUGGGACCGUGGUCAGAAAAUGUCCAAACAAAUCCUAGUAAAAAGCCGUCACUUUUUUAAAAGUCAAAACAAACCAACAGGUCUCAUGUAUCUUCCUCAAACGUAGAAAAAUGAGUAAUCGAAAAGCGGAAACCGUGAAACAAUACUGCCUCUGAUGUGCGCAAGAAAGAUGUCCAAGGCGUGAUGCUCAAAAACUACAGGAGGUUUUCAGGGCGAUUGUCUUCGGAUCUCUUGAAAGUUGUAAUUCAAAGAACAGAGGAUGCAGGAACGCCAUCUUCAUAGUUAUUUCUGGUCUAUGCUUUUAGAUAAAGAAGAAGGGAGAUCCAACAGGAACGCAUGCUUAAGUUCAUAAAGUCUUUUUCUACUGAAAGUAUUAGACUUAAAUCCUCCGAACCCUGAAUUGUUGGGGAUUCUAGCCUCUGUUUAUAAUUUGAGGGCCGAAGAACCUUUCACAAAGACCGAGGGGGGUUUUAGGAAACCAGCCCUUUAUGCCAGAAUGAAAUUCCAACGGAUUUUUCGUGAACUAGCCAAAGCGGCUGGCACAGUCUGUUCAUCAUAGUAAUAAGUAAAUUGAAUCGCAGUUAAUUACACAGAGAGAAGUGUUUGCGAAUAUCUUGAGACUGCUAAGCUUGAGAUGCACCGGUAAACAAAUAAUGGAGGAAACGGUGAUUCACUGUCAGUAGUGGAGACUCAGUAAACAGCCCGUUAAGUACACAACUCGAGCCACAUUCAUAAGUGCGUACUCAUGUCAGUAUCAUCUCAGUCGUUGCACUUAAAGCACAAGUGUCUGGUAAGGACGUGAGAAGCGCAUGAAGGAGUGUCAACAGUUGGAGGUGACUUACAGCUUUCGUAAACCGAAUCUUUCCAGUUUAUGAGCCAUUGCACGUCAAUACAUUGGCUUUGAGAGUGCGGUUAGGGAGAGUGUCAGGGUUAAUUAAGAUGGUAUUUACGAAACCACCACUGUUCCUGAGAGAACCAUACACUUAUAAUUCCAAACGGGUGCUUUCCUGUCCUUUUUAAUUGAGGGAUCAGACAUGCGAUUGAAGAUACCUUUGUUGAAGGAAGAAGACAGAACUUCCUUCCCGCCUAUUUAUCGGGAAGUUUAUGUAAAGAGCAUGCGAUUUGGAUAUUUCUGGAAAGUCUUUCAAAGCAUCCUAGAGAUGAUUCGGGAGAUUCAAGCUUAGAAGGCGUCCGGAAAGCAGAAAUUCAUUUUGAGAAAUGGGAUUGACUAAAACGACAAUGAAUUACAUGUGAUAUUCGAACGUUGUUUGAAAUCAUUUCCGAAAUUCAAUAGGAAAAAGCCUACAAUAAGCACGAUACUGAUUUUGACCCCACAUCGCUUUAACCUAACCCUGCCGGAUGAAGCGCUGUAGAUGAUGAGGAUAGGAAUAAGUCGGAGAUUCGAGUGUCAUUCCAUACCUGUCUCAGUGCUAAAUAGUCCUGUCAAAUUCCACGCACGAUGUUUGAGAGUCAACUCUGUUUCUACUAGGGAAAGAAAUAGUCGAAUGCCCUGUAUUCGGCAGGGAAACUGAUGGAGGGAUAUGUAAGCAUGUUAUAAAUUAAUUGAGUACAUAGCUUUUCCGACGCGCGUGAAAGAACUCGAAAACAUCCUCUGUUGCCUCCAGGCAACGCUACUGAAUGUUUUGAGAGGGAAUUCGGAAGAAAUAGGGUUCAUGCUGAACGCUCUCAUCUCGUCUGUGCUUUUUGGACGACGUGCUUUCGGUUUUCAUCAGUCAAACGAAUGAAAAAAACAGUAAAAUUCUUACCAGGGCUCGCUCAUAAGGAGAUCCUCGAACGUAGCUUUGCUUCUUGUUAAACAUGGAGCCGCAGAAAUGAACGAGAUAAUGCAAUGUCUUUUGUACUUUCAAAAUGUUUUACAAAGAUGAAGAAAGUUGCAUUAUUGAUACAAUCUUUUCAAGAAAGAUCUAUUGAGCAUGGUGCUAAGCCUUUUCUGAUUAAUGAUGAAAAUUUGACGAGAUAGACCCAAGCCAUUGUAGAAGGUAUUAACUGUCCCUCGAGAAUGCGCUGUAGCUUCUGAUGAGAUUGACAACAAUGGUGAUUUCGAAGGAGGUGUAGCUGCUCCACUUCAUUCUUUCGCAAAAUGGGGCGAUUUUCGUCAGCGAAUUGCCGUUCUAAACAGCGCUCUGUGUCGAUCAAUUUUGAGAUCUUCUUGACACAUGGAAAGGAAACAUUGAUUUCUUCAUGGGAGUGUCAGUAGCGGACAUUUGCUUUCGGUUAGGUCCACAGGCAAGAACAAGCAACACAUGCACGCUAAUGCACAGGGCGGGAAUUCAUUCGCCCGACUUGUUCCUUUCUUUUAUGUGCACUUACCCAAGUGGUGACCACAGAUGACUACAUACUUGAUUAAUUGUUUACUGUGCUUGUUAAUUUUUAACCACAUAAAUCAGUGAGGAGUUUUAGACAGGCUUAAUUCUUCCCCCAUGACUGUAACAUGAUCACGCAAGCGUGUGAAUUUCUACUAUGCCUGACUAAUCUGUGACCUCAGUAAUUAAUAAUUAAAACCAUGACACGCAAACCCCAGUCGAUGCUUUGUUCUAAGCAUGUUCUUUCUGUCCUUAUAUGGUCAUGUUGAUUGGCAAGACGACCGAUCGUUGGGCAAAGAAUGCGACGCCUGGUUGAACCCAGUAUGGAAAUGUCUGUUCGUGAACGAACACAGGAAAUGAAUUUUGCUCGAUAUGAGGGCUAUUUAUGGGUAGUUUCGCGAUGCACUGAGCUUCAUCGGGAGGGUUCAACACCUUUGCCAGUUUCACUGGAGCAAAAAUAGCUGGUCAGAUCGCUUUAGCCUUCUGUUUGUUCACAUCUGUGUUGCAUAAGCAGGAUGCGAUUCCAUAUGGCACAGUGAAGUAAGGUUCAUACUAGAACGUCGGUAUUCAUGGACCCGAGGUGCAAAAUGCACUUUAAAUUUCAUAAAGCUCAGCCACACAAAAAUAACCCUUUAAUUCGACUCGUACUAAACAAACAAAAAAUGUUCAACUAACUUGCCAAAAACUGACUAGCGGAGGAAUGAGAUGUACCCUAAGUUUUGCCGACUGCAGGUUAUCUGUGUCACCUAUGUCGGUCAUACGUGUUCAUUAGAAAUAUGUAUGACUGAAAGUACACAAGUUAGACCGAGACGCUUACUGUUCCGGUCUCCCUGGCCAUUCUUGAAGAUGCCAGCCUCUUUGCGCACUUUAAGCAAAGUUGCGAAUCUGAACAUGAUGGCGUUGUAAAUACUGCUGUGGAAGGGUCAAGUGACUGGAGGUAGAAUUCUGAAAUGUGUUUUUGCUUCGAAAAGAUUAUUUGGACAGGGCUGUAAUAUUGAUUAUCAUACGGCAUAAUUCGAAUGAUAUUUCAAGCUCGCUGGCACUUUGGUUUUAACGCGAGCUUCUUUCCGGUUGUCUCCGACAAAUGGCCAGAUAAGUAGUAUGAGUUUUUCCCAUUAGUUGUCUGUGUUUUUAUUAAAUCAAAUAUGUUUUGUAGAAAACAUGCGUAUACAUUUUCUCCUCUGCUUGUUUCGUAGCGAAUUUUCGUUCUCAAAGUUCAUGCUUGAUGGAAAAGUAUUUUUGGAUUUUAAAAUUUGUCAAAUCCCGAAUCAUUUUAAUCCGUCCUGACGUUGUACUUGUAUUCAGAAUUCCAAUCUGCAAGCCAACGGAAACGAUGCCUCUAUUCAUACUAUUCAGAAGAUGUCAAGCAUAGCUCAUAAAAGUAUGCAGUGGACGUGGACCAUGUUGUAUAUUUCUUAAGCGGCACCCAUAGGUGAGGAGACGAGAUGAUUUAUGAACCGCAAUUUUACGGUCUGAAAAAGUCACAAUUAAAAACCUUUUCAAGCCCGAAAAAUACCCUUUCCUCAAACAUGAAAUUGAAAGGGGACGUCGAUUAUUACCGAAUGGACAUACGAUAGGAUAUUUUGCGUCUGUUUCCUAAAAAGUGUCAGAAUUUAUGAUGGCAUCGAAAAUCAGCAACAAAUGUAUGCAUCAUAUGUAGCCAGUUCUUGCCUAGCAAAGUUUUUCAGGCAGCUGAUAAGAUGGACAUUCAAAAGCUUUAAUCCUGGCUAACUUGAGAAUCUUGGCCUUAUGUUGCAUGAUAAUUAAUGUUACGACUCCACCUGAGUAACCUUUUAAAUCGAAAACGCAUUUCAGAAUUUUUAUUAACAUUUCAUAAAAUAUGGCAUCUAACGAACUACCAAGGGGCUAGAAGUUCUUUGUGCAAAACAAGAAAGUAAGUCGUCUAGCAAGCUAAAUCACUGACAGCGCUCAGUUAGAUUUUUCAAUUAGACAAAGCAUACAGUUAUGGUGAAAAUGCCCGAUUUAACAAUAACUAGCUCCGACAACUAAAAAUAUUCGGAAUUUGUGUGGGAAUUUGGACACUUCGCUCUUGUACUAUUAUUUGGACCGAGUUUGGCAAGGUUCUUGAAGGGUUGAAGCAAGGUCAACGUGAAAACGGCUCUCUCCGUUCAAAUUGGGAAGAAAACAUUAGCAGGUUUCAAAAAAUGCCCAGUUUUCUCAUACAGUCUCUUAAAAAAUGACAAUUUUGAGCUGAAAGUCGAGGUCUCUCUUUGGCUUAAAGGUGUCCUGUUUGUUGCUUAUUUAGGUGUAAAACUGUAGGCCGAUGUUGUUGCUGUUGCUGUUGUAGAAGUCAAGCCAUAAAGGAUACUUUUAACCUUCAUAAAUGCUUUAAACGUUCCCUCUAGCGCCUACCAUGAUAGUCAGUUGACAGAAUUGAUCAAUUGAGUAUCACAGGAGUUAACGGACUACUAGGAAUUAUGGGACAUAUGAAAGUGUUCGUUACUGACUGUCAGAAAUAGAAAGGAGCGGUUUCAACAGUAACUCCCAACCCACAACGAAAAAUGGAUCUUAUUUCAUAAUUAAAAACGACCUCAAAUAAGAAUGAAUGGUGGGCAGCACUAACGCAUGAGCAGAGGCAAUCCCGAAUCCGCUGGCGUCUGUAUUGACCAGGAUAAUGUCAAAAGCGAAUUUUUGUUAUUCCCUCUCUGGAGCGGGGAAAAUCAAUUCCAAAUACCAAACAUGAAAGUCGAAUGUAUGCACUGAAAGUUGUGCCUAGACAGUUACGUUUGUCAUACAGAUACGGACCAAUCUUUCGCACAGAGGCAUUCGAACUCCCGCCCUACAAAUUAUCAUAGAAAAUGGGCAGGGCGGGGUUACAGCUUCCACCAGAUACGUCUGAUGUCUCGCCAACGAAGGAAAAUUUUUUCUAUCAUUUUAAGUCAUUUCGUUAAAUAGAACACUCUGAGAACGGGCGACCUUGGCGGUGGCAUUCAUCUCCGAAACUGUAGCAUGCGGAAAAAUGCAACAUUUGUUUUUGCUACCAUUUAGAUAAGAUUUUUAAGGAGAAUAAAAUAUAUUUUGAUUUAGUAAAGUAUUCCCAGUUAAAGAUAUAGCACUUUAGUUAUUUAUUUUUAAGUCUGCAUUUUAUUUUGAGUUGGCCAAGACAUUGAUCACACAAUUUUACUUCGAAUGACUGUAUCAAACAACAAAUCAUCAAAUACGCCGCAUAUUUAGUCAGGCUUAAUUAAAUGUGUACAAUUUCAUUGCAGCAGGGUGAUUAAAUUGUAGAUUAAAAUACGCACGGGUACUCAAGUGCUAGUGACUUUCCAUUUUCGGAUGACUUCGUAAAUCAAUCUAAGAUGAAUUUUCGCAAAUUCAGGACAGUUUAUAUGGGACGGCAGUAGAGAAUCUAGACGAGUUAAUGGUUAAUGCUGGUUCAUGAUUUGCAGUUAAGAAAACAUAUAUUCUAGGUUUGGCAUUUUUUACUAAUAUCAAUAUACAGUUAACAAAAACCAGGGUUUUAAAUGUGUACGUGAACUUCCUUCUGUUUAACCCCCUUGAGGGAAACUGAGCUAUCAGUUUUCACCUACAACAUACGAAUAACUAUGUUCGACUUUAGAAUUCAAUGCGUACAGCCGGGGACCAGUCUCAAUAAGUUUUAAUCAAAAUUCUGAGGUGCGUGUUAGACUAGAAAGGAUUACUAAACGAAUGUGUAAUAUUAGUCAUCCUACAGCAUAAUCCCGUGAUACUUCAGACAUGCCAGGAUGUUGGCUUUCAAAUGAAGUUUUUCGGUCAUCGGCAAAGCCGUACUUGGUAAAAACAUAAUUACUUAAUCAGCAUGCAUUCUUUCUGUUGAUCUUCGCUGCCGUAUAUUUUUAAAAAAUGUUUACAGAACACAUGCACAAAAACAUUCUUCCUCGUACGCACUUGGUAGUCAUUCACGUCUUCAUUAAAUCUUACACUCAAGGAAAAGAUAUCUUUCGACUUUAAAAAGAUUUUUGGUCCUUGAAUAAUUACGAGCCCGAUGUGCCGUUGCAUUGGCAGUUAGGGUUUUCAGUCUACAGAGUGUUUACUUCCCGUGUGAGGAAAAACACAUACUCCUCUUUGUUUUCAAGAAAAUACAACACGGGAAUCAGAGGAUUUUUUUAACUGAUGUGGACUAUGUUGCAUACUUAUUGAGGAUCACUAUUAAACAGAUGUUUUGCGUGGAAGCCGUAAAGUCCUAAAAAUCUAAUAAUUAGAAGAUUUUUAGGACCCGAAGUACGCUUUUCUGGAGUGUAAAAUUUACCAAAGACAUGAUUGGCUACCAAAUGCGUACAAGGAAGAAAGCUUUUGUGCAUGUGGUUUAUAAACAUUUUUUAAUAUAGGAGCAUCAAAGAUCAACAGAAAGAAUGUAUGCUGAUUAAGUAGUUAUUUUUUACUAAGUAAGGUUUUGCCCGUGACGGAAAAAAGUACAUUUGAAAGCGACCAUCCUGGCAUGUCCGAAAUAUCAUGGGAUUAUGCUGUAAGAUGACUAAUAUUACACAUUCGUUCAGUAAUUCUUCUUAAUCAAAACGCAUUUCAUACUUUCGGUAAAAAUGUCAGGAGAUCUGUCACUCACUGUACUACGGAGGAAACAGUUACAAUUAUAGUAGGCAGGACACGAGACGAGGUGCCCCCAUAUGACAGGUGACCCUGUGUUGAAUUUCGGGAUGGCUUUUUUGUCCAAACCCUAGCAGGGACCCUAGCUCAGACCUUAACCAUAACCCGAACAACUCUAACCAUAACCUGAAGAUACCUAGGAAUUUAGAGCUAGGACACGUGUAAUACGGGAGGGAGUAAGUAGUCCGAUGUCAUAACAUGUUUCUGGUCCACGCUGCCGUUUAGGAUUAUGUUUGGCUGAAUGAAGACAGGAUAAGUCCGAAACAGUACUGUAUCAUUCUGCCCGCGCUUUCUAUCUGCCAUCCUCUUUGCAAAUCCCUGUAGCUUACAUCCGCAUACGGCCUUGCAUCGGUUAUCCUGUUUCCGAACUGCAGUCCACCUCAGAAGCCUCAAUCUUGGGAAACAAGCAAGCUUACCUUUAUGAUGACGUUUUAAAAUAUAAAGCUAAAGGGACCUUCCCUCUUCGUUUUGUUUGAUCGCUUUCGUUGUAAAUGAGUGUCAGUGGUGCAGAAUCGAAUUUAAGAAUCAAGGUUUAAGACAUCUUCCAUAAAAUUUUGGACUACAUAAUAACAAAUAUCUAAAAGAUAUACAAAAAUUUGUACUGGAUCACCCAGAUUAUUACUGGGUUCAACCGAUAAAGUGUCCGUUCUUAUAUGCUGUUCGGCUUAACCAAACAUAGAUCAAGCUUGGAUUCGCCUCUACAUCGCUGCCAGGCAAUUAUUUGGACCAAUCAAGAACCGUGGUUUCCAGUGCGCAUAUGAUCUACCUUUUUUGAUACACCUUUUGCCUAAGAGUGUCUUAACCAAAACAAUACUAUCAUAAGAUUUGCGUUCACCAGUUAAUCCGGACUCGGGACUGAAAUAACAUUUUCAUUGGACCUUGGGUCUUUUAUCAAGAGCCCACAUAAAUGAUAACGGCCAGUGGCCGGUAAUCCAUAAACGUCGCAGAUGUGCGAGAGCAUACUCUGAGACAAGGGUUAUUGCUCAUUGUCUGCGUUAAGAAAAGUGUUUGUAUUUUUGGACGCAUGUUGGAGUCAAUGAGCUUGACUUUGUACUCAUCCUGAUCAGGAAUAGACACAAAAUUCUCUGUGGCAGUGUUCACAUUUGCUGUAUUUUCAGCCGAUCAAAAUACAAUAUAAAAAACCCUAUCUGACCCUGUUUACAAAUAUCUCUCCAAAAAUAGUUUUUGGACUCCUUUUUGACAUACCUUGGGCUGAGUAACGGCUAAAGAUAUCAGUAAAGACGAAUCGGUAGACGUUCUUCGGACAGUAUGUCUGUAAUGCAGUUUGGGUUAGUUACGAUUAAAAGGAUGCCACGAUCUAAUCAGCAGGGAGAAAUAGACUACAAAAAAGAAUAAAGAAUACCAUAAAUGCAUAAAACUUGGUCGAUUGCCGUUUCUGAGUAUAUUAUGUACACAGAGAGAGGAACUGUGUUAUUAAAUAACCAGACUUUUAUAAGAACUCAAAGUUGAUCCACUACCUAAACCUCGUGAUCUAUGUAUAGAUGAAACAGAGGUCAAAUCUUGUCGCACUCCCACUGGCGAAAUGCUAGGGAAAAGUAUCAUUUUUACAAAACGACUAUUAAAAGAAUCUUUUAUGGCGGAAAUUGACAGGUCAGUCGAUUUUGGAAGUGCUCAGCACGGUAUUGUUGCUGGGCAGGCGUUUCGGUUUUUUAAGCGCCUAGGUUGCACGACAUACCAUACUUGGCAGCAUAGGCACGUGUUUUAUUGGUAUCCUGCCGCUUCAUAACACAGCUGCGGGGGGUUGGGCUCAUCAGUGUGUCCCCUAGAGUUUCCCUUGUACCUUCUACUAGAUACUCCACUGUUUGCAUUGCGGUUUGUUUAAUUUACGCAGAAAACAAUAGUUAACUUGAAGUAAAUCAGUUUACUUUAGACCUGCCAAAUUGCAGCCUGAGUCUAUAAGUCCCAACUAGACUGAUUUAUCCCAAGUAGGCGAUUAAUUUCUAAGGAAAGUAAGAAGCUGAGCUCUCAUUAAAACUAUGGCAUCUACCAGAAAACACACGGGGGAUGCUGGGAGACUCAGUGAUGAGCCGAAUCCCUCACAGCUGCGGCAGAAUAUCGCCGAAACAUGUGCCUGGGCUUUUAGCUAGUACCUGCGCUCCCAAGUAUGGUAUGCUGUGCAACCCAUGUACAUACUAUUGGCUGCCUGUUGGAAUUUUACGAAUAUUGCGUGGUUAUUGCGCUGUAACUGAUGGAAUGCGGCCCAAAUGUUAAUACUAUAUUUCAUUCUGAAUCUAUAGAUCUCAAACAGACUGAUUUACCUCAAGUUAGCGGAUAAUUUCUUAGGAAAUUAAGAAGCUGCAAUUUUUGAGUACCCUCAGACAGCGGCUGCGCUAUAGCUGAGCAGUUUUACUGAGAUGGGGGGAGAAGCUGGAGUGAACUUUCCUGACUCAUCUGUUGCUAUCAGAUAAUGAUACCAAAUCCCGAAUUGCAAAGCAUUUCCAGACAAUGCCUUGACCCAAAACAAUAUUCCCACUUUCAUAAGCGAACUCGAGUAACUUGGUCCUCGUGCAAAAUAGAGGAAUUGUGCAGAGAAAUAGCUUGUGCCGUUGAUCUGGCUCUUCCGUGAUAACUUUAGACCAUUCUUUCCCUUGUCACUUUACAGGUACAGUGGAGUGUGCGUUCUGCUCUGUGACCUUUACUUUCAUUGCUGCGUACAGACUAGAGCAGGACUUAAAUGUCUUCAAUACUGACCGUUAGACAGCGAUCUUUUAAGUGCCUCUUGUCACGUCAGUUACCUGAAAACAUUUCAAUUCCACAUCAACAUUUUCAUCAUUCGCCGCUGGUAAUGUGCUGCAACAGACUGUAUUUGAGCUGUGAUCGCGGAGGAGCAUGAGAUCAGCAAAAGAUACCUUAUUUCUAGUGCAGGACUAUGUUAGGUUUUUAUUAGUACCCAUAUGCAUUAUAUCUACUUUACCUUUCUCUUAUUCUGUAAACCGAACUAAAUCCAGAUAUUAUGGUUUCAUUGAGGAGCAUGAGAGAGAGGGAGAGUGCGGAAUUCGUUGUAUUUUGAAGUAUUGAUUCAGAGUUUUCUGCAAAAAGAGCUCCAUUCAUGGUGGACGGAAUAUAAGCUAACAAAUUAUUCAAGAGUCAGAAGGCUUUACAUAGAAAGAAACGACUACAAUGGGAACAGUUCAAGUCUUAGCUUCUGUAUUUCUAUAUCUUCACACGUAAGAUAGUGAGUCAGGGACGGCAAUACAGAAUGCCAAUAUGUCGAUGCACGGCAAUAGAUAUGUCGAAAGUCACGGCGCAUGGAACGGAAGGACUUCGCAGAGAUCAGGUCAGAAUGCAGGUGGUGGGCAGCGUCCUCCAGAAUUCGACCAGCAAAUUGCUUGGCCGUUUUGAAAUGUCGUUGUGUGCUAGUAUUGGAUAGAAGGACGUAAGAACCGCUGGCGGCAGAAAAGAGCGUUCUGAUGACUCGUCCUAAAAUCAACAUAUGUUUUUUGAGCAGAAAAGGAAAAAUGACAGGAGAAUAAUAAAAAAUAAAAGGAAGAAUGCAGGCAUCUAUGAAUUGCCAGAUUAAGGAUUGAGGUGUGUGGUAGGAGCGUAAACGAUGCAUGAAAAACGGUCUCAAUAUGGAGGGGAAAAGAGAGAUUUGAUGACAAAUUCACACCAAGGUAUUUGAAAGUGGAUACCUUGUUGGGAAAGAUGUCAAAGUAUUCAUGACUACAAGAGGGUCGCAGUCGGAAAAUAUACUGGACUGAUGCCUGAUUAUUCAGCACGAGACCAUUUUCCCCCGGCCAUACUAGGACACGGCCAAGGCCAUCCUCCAGAGACUGGAGAUGUAUCAGAUUUUUGAGAGGGUGGCCAACAACCACAACAUCGGCAUAAUUAACUAAUAGAUAGUCGUUUGGGGACCUUAUAUCAUCACUGUGGAAGGAGACAAGUUGGGGGGAUAAAAUGGAACUUUAAAGAACUCUACAGUCAUUGGGAAGAACCAUAGAUUUCCGCUUGCCGAACUGGACAAAUUGAGUGCAGGAAGUAAAGUAAUCGCACAGCCAAGAGACAACCUAGCAUGUAGAAUCACGCGCGGGGUGUUUUGGUAAAAGUAGAUGGCGCGGGACGGUAUUGAAGGCGGAGGAGUAUUCACGAAAAGUACAGGCGUACGCAGGGCAACUCAUUUGGUUCUCGUAGGGCAGAAUGGACCACAAGAGGAACAGCAUCUAAGGUACUACGCUUGACUUUAUGUGCAACUUGCAAAGGGUCGGAAAAAACCGGAAAAUAAUGGCUUUAUAAUGUCCUAAGCAACUCGUUCAGCAACCUUAAGCAGUGUGGAAAAGCAGGCAAUUGAAGGAGAAGAUCUAGGACCAAAACUUGCAAGUUUUUCAGGAAUAGGGAUGAUGUUUACUGUACGCCAAGGAUUCGGGAAUCGUGGACUCCAUAAAAGACAUAUUUAUAAGGUGCGUCAAAACAGAGACCAUCUGAGAACAGCAACCCUGAGGUAGUAAAGGUGAAACACCAUCCGUCCCGGCAGUUGUUGAUCCGCGGACUACUUUAAGGCGUUUCUCUGUCAUCACAAAAGACACAGAUGAGAAGACACAUGGUAGUAUGGAAAUGUCGUUUAAAGGCAAAUGGGAGUCUUUGUGACCGAAGAUAAAAUUUUCAUCUAAGGAGUCCUUGUCAGGAGGCGAGAACAGCAGGACCUGCUGGUAACAAAGGCGAUCCGGGGUUCCGACGAGUGGAUCGACCAUCGCUUCGUCAUAUCCAAGAUGAGGAUCCACCACAAUCAUCAGCAGAUGCACUUCCAGUCGCCUGUAUCCACAACUACCGUCCAUGAACUUGUCUUCGUCGGCGGCUGCGUGCUCAACGCCACCUCGGAAGGAGACAUGCAAAGAUGCACGUACCUCUGCGCCGCCGCCUGCGACAACUUCGACCUAAUCAUCAGCGCGGAGAGAACGAUGGUUAUGCAUCAACCGCCACCCAACGCUGCCUACAAUGCGCCCCACAUAAACGUGAACGGCGUCUAA